GCAAGAAGAGAACGGUUACUCUCUCUUUCUCUCUCUUCUCUCAUCUCCGAAGAAAAAAAUCAAAAGUAAUCGAAAUCCGAGCUGAGGGCUUGCGAAUACUAGAUUACGUUGAUUCCAUCAUCCAUUCUCCGUAACCGGAGCAGCAGUCAAUGUUAACAGAGUGGCUAAAUUCAUUGGAAACAAGAUUUUGGCUGUCAAACAAAUUAUCUGGAUGCUUAUUGAGAAGCCAAUGCUCAUAUCUUUUUGUCAUGAUUUGGCAACUGAUGAUGGCGGCCUAUAACAAAUGAGUAAUUUUGGAGGGUUGUAAAAGCAACUAGUUGGUAGAAGUCCUGCAUUCUAUUGUCUUCUGAAUCAAUCAAUAAAUUAUCCCCAGAUGCAAACAUCACCGGAACAUCAGGAUUCAGGUGGUAUUCACAGGUUGUACCAUCAGUCUAUGCAGCAAAUUGAACCAUUCUGCUUGUCUCCUUUCCAAAUUUUAAACAACAAUGAAUCUGCCGAUAAUAGCAGCCAAGGGACUCAAGUUUCUUUCCAAACUUACAAUGAACAGUUCUUCACCCUGGAUUCAUCCCCGGCAAAUGCUUACAUGGUACAAGAUUCCCCUUCUGCUCUAAGCAUCUCAUCUAACAGGAGCCCCUUUUCACCGCAAGGUUCUCAAUCAUACUUGUCAGAUCCGCAUCAGUCCCCCGACUAUACUUAUGGAUCACCGGUUAGUGGGUCUUCUUUUGUCGAUGAUAGCAGUGAACUGAGACACAUAUUAAGAGACUUGGAAACCAAAUUGCUGGGGCCUGAAUCUGAUGUUGAUGACAACUGGAGUUCCUCCUGCAAUGGUGCAGUCCACCAAGCCUCUUCCCUAGCAAGGUCAAAUCAAAUGUUGGAAAUGAACCGUAGCUCAGACUUGAAACAAGUGCUCGUUGCCUGUGCAGAGGCAGUAUCAAAUGGUGAUAGAUUAACUGCAGAAAAUUUGAUGCGUAGGUUAGAAAGUAUGGUUUCAGUUGUUGGGGAACCUAUCCAACGGUUAGGUGCAUACUUGUUGGAAGGCCUUAGAGCAAGGCUGUUGUCGUCAGGAAGUGUAAUAUACAAAAAACUGAAGUGCAAAGAACCAACUGGCUCAGAACUGAUGUCUUACAUGUCUGUCCUCUAUCAGAUCUGCCCAUAUUGGAAGUUUGCUUACAAGUCUGCCAAUGUUGUUAUUGAAGAAGCCAUGAUAAAUGAACCCAGAAUUCACAUAAUAGAUUUUCAGAUAGCACAGGGCAGCCAGUGGGAGUUUCUCAUCCCUGCUCUUGCCGUUCGCCGUGGUGGACCUCCGUAUAUUCGCAUUACGGGCAUUGAUGAUUCCCAAUCAGCUUAUGCUCGAGGUGGAGGACUUCACAUGGUGGGGCAGAAGCUAUCAAAGGUUGCUGAGUCAUACGGAGUGCCGUUUGAAUUCCAUGGUGCAGCCAUGUCAGGAUGUGAGGUCGAGCGAGAACAUCUUGGGGUUCGACAUGGAGAGGCGCUGGCAGUGAAUUUUCCUUAUGUGUUGCACCACAUACCGGACGAGAGUGUGAACACUAUGAAUCAUCGAGACCGGCUACUAAGGCUGGUUAAGAGCUUGUCACCCAAGGUUGUUACCAUUGUUGAGCAAGAAUCCAAUACUAAUACUGGCACAUUCUUUCAACGGUUUUAUGAGACCCUGGAUUAUUAUACAGCUAUGUUUGAAUCAAUUGAUGCUGGUCGCCCAAUUAGGGAUGACAAGCAGCGGGUCAGUGCGGAGGAGCACUGUGUGGCUCGAGAUAUCGUGAACAUAAUAGCAUGUGAGGGGGCCGAGCGGGUGGAAAGGCAUGAACCUUUUGGGAAGUGGAGGUCUCGACUUGGAAUGGCGGGGUUUGAGCCUUACCCCUUUAGUUCCUCAGUGGGUGAUGCCGUCCAGGAUGUGUUAAAGGUCUAUAACGAUAACUAUAGAACUGAAGAGAGGGAUGGGGUUCUUUAUCUUGGGUGGAAGAAAAGAGCUUUGUCAACCUCUUCAGCAUGGAGGUGAUGAUAAUCUUAUUAGUGGUUACAGCAUAAAAUUUGUAAAUUUUUCCUUCUGUUUGUUAGAUACGAACUUUUCUAAGUUUGAGUGACACGCUUAUUUUGUACCUUUAUAGAUGAACUCUCUGUGCUGCAACUCCUCGUGCAGAACUCGAACUUGAGUCUUCUAGCGUUCUUUGAAUCUUCUAGCUUUCUGUACAUGCCUGAUUAGGAAUGAAAUUAAUGAGUUCUGAGUUAGACUUCA